ACCGAGUGGAGAGUAUAUCCUGACAUUUCUGACACGCGCGCCAACCACCUAGGCGAGGAAGCGCGCAGCCGAGAGAUCCGAGCGAGUGUCAAGCUCGGUCUUCGUCCCUCGCAUCGACGUGGCACAGUCUGUCGCUUCUCGCCGUUACCAUCAGUUCUGCUGCGAGUAGCUAGAUAUUAAUUCGUCGUGAACGAAUUGAAUAAUAUCGGAGUGAGACGAGAAUCUGUUUGGCUUUUCAGCAAGCAUCAUCGAAAGUGUCGUCACGUGUGAAUACGAGCUGGUUCUGGAAGCAAUCUGUUCCACGUCAUCAAUCAAAAUUCUGAAGAGGAAUCUUCUUCCGUGAUAGCGUGAUCACGAUCGACUCUGGGAUUUCCUAGGUCGUCGACCUGUGGUCUUCCUGCCUCUCGUCCUGCGCGAGUGUCGCGUAGCGUUUCACCGAGCAAAGUGCAGUUCUGUGUCGUGAUUCUUUAUCAUCUUUAAUCCCCCUGAGAAUAUCUCAGGUGUGAGUCUUCCGUUUGUGGUCAUUCUAUUGGCGUCGAUAAGUCACUUCAUCGGUCCACGCGACCAGCUGCUACCUCUUUCUUUCUCUCAUUCUCACUCUCUCUCUCUCUCUCUCUCUUACGUCACUCCAAUCGCAGCAUGGGGGACCAGGAGCAACAGGAAACGAUGUCAAGCGUGGUAGAGUUGAACGUGGGCGGCGUCUUCUACACCACUGCUUUGACUACACUGACUCGCGAGAGCGAUUCGCAUCUGGCGGCACUCUUCACUGGCAAAUUCACCGUGGAAAAGGACGCCAAAGGCAAAUAUUUUCUGGAUCGCGACGGCGUACUCUUCCGUUAUGUAUUGGACUUUCUGCGCAAUCAGGCACUCGUUUUACCCGAGGGCUUUCGUGAACGUGAGAGACUCAAACAGGAGGCGAAUUUCUAUGGUCUACCUGGUUUAGAAAAGGCAAUUUUGGAGAAUACAGAUUCCGGCGGACAAAUUGGCGGAGCAAUUGGCAAACGCGCACCAGGAUACAUCACCAUCGGCUAUCGCGGCAGCUUUGCCUUUGGCCGCGAGGGUCUAGCCGACGUCAAGUUCCGCAAGCUCUCGAGGAUCCUCGUGUGCGGCCGCGUGGCGCUCUGCCGGGACGUUUUUGGUGAAACGCUGAACGAAAGUCGCGAUCCUGAUCAUGGCAUGUCCGAUCGCUACACAUCACGCUUUUUCCUGAAACACAGCGUCAUCGAACAGGCCUUCGACAUGCUGCAGGAGCAGGGCUUCAGACUAGCGAGCAGCUGCGGCUCCGGCACUGCCGGGAGCAACUCUGAGCAACUGAAACCCGGAGUGGAUUCUGAAGAGAAUCGUUGGAAUCAUUAUAACGAGUUCGUCUUCGUGCGCGAUUAAAGAGUUUCGCAAACGAGUACUUUGGCUAAACAUCGUUGACGGCUCUUAUUUUGCAAAAGUACGAGGCUGCGAUCGAGCAGCUGCCGCGAAAAAGAACUUCUUCAGAUAUUCGAAACAGUUCAGACAGAAGUGGAAACAUUCGCGAAGACACGUGUGUCUAACAUGCGAGCGAAUGACAUAAUACGGAACUCUCGUUUAUAGCAUGCUU